AUGAAAUUCGUCAAUUUGGCCGUCCUAACAACAACUUUUCAUUUUACUAACAGCCUGCCAUUGACAGACAUAGUUUUGGAAGAUCAGAAUGCUAUCUCAAAGAUUCCAGAAAUCACGAAGUUUGAAAUCUCAGAAAAUCUUGCAGACGAUGAUUCCCUCGUGGACAGAAGCCGUCGAAGUCUGAGACAUGACCGCAAACAUCGAAGAAGCAAGAAGGAAAGAAGACGCAAGGAGAAAGAGAAGAAAAAUAGACGAAGAAGACGAAACAAGGAUAAGCAGAGAAAGAAGCGAAAUAAACGGAAAAACAAAAAGGAUCGUCGACUAACAAGCAACGUCGGAUUCCACAAGCUCAAGAGCUGGUCCCUCAACCCAGCUCCGACGCACGACCGUAUCCGUAAGCACUUGUCUGACUUCUCCGAGCCGACAACGCGAUAUCGUCGCCCGCAAGUUCCCUGCUUCCGCGGUCUCGAUCGCCUGAGCAGCGGCGGCUUUGCGUGUGGGCUUUAUCUUUCGUAA